AUGGCACAUGUGAGAAGCAUCGUCCCGUCACUUGACGCUGUCAAGGACCUUCUGAACAAGCCCACCAAGGACGGCGCAAAGAAGCCGACGCUCGUGCCCGUCUAUCGCCAAAUCACCUCCGACCUCAUCACUCCCUCUGCCGCCUACCUCAAAGUCUCGGCGCAUGCCAAAUCCACGUCCUCCGCCUCCUCCACAUACUCAUUUCUGUUCGAAUCAGCAGCCACCGAGCAGGUCGGCCGAUACAGCUUCGUCGGCGCCGGCCCGCGCAAGAUCCUGACGACCGGUCCUGGCUACGGCGAAGAGAAGGACCCGUUGCCUGCGCUCGAGGCGGAAUUGGCGAACCACGUCGUUGCGCAUGUGCCGGGACUGAGACUGCCUCCUCUGACAGGAGGAGCCAUCGGCUAUGUCGGCUACGAUUGCGUGCGAUACUUUGAGCCCAAGACUGCGCGGCCGAUGAAGGACGUGUUGAAGAUUCCCGAGUCUUUGUUCAUGUUAUACGAUACGAUUGUCGCUUUUGACAGGUUUUACGGUGUCAUUAAGGUCAUUAGCUACGUCAAGGUUCCCACGGAUGGACAGACAAACUUGGAAGCAGCAUACGACGAGGCGAAGAAGACCAUUGACGAGCUGGUCAACGUUCUCAACAGCCCCGAGAUUCCCCUGCCGGAGCAGGGUCCCAUCGAGCUGGGCCAAGAGUACAAGUCCAAUAUUGGCCGCGAAGGCUACGAGGCCCACGUUACCAAGUUAAAAGAGCACAUUGUCAUUGGCGACAUCAUCCAAGCCGUGCCCUCGCAGCGUUUCGCUCGUCCUACCAACCUACACCCGUUCAACAUCUAUAGACACCUGCGAACCGUCAACCCGUCGCCGUAUUUGUUUUACAUUGACUGCCAGGACUUCCAGAUUGUCGGCGCAUCACCCGAGUUGCUAGUCAAGUCGGAAGCCGGCCGAAUCAUCACCCACCCCAUCGCCGGAACGGUCAAGAGAGGCCCGACGCCAGAGGAUGAUGAACGCCUGGCCAACGAGCUGCGCUCUUCGCUCAAAGACCGAGCCGAGCACGUCAUGCUCGUCGAUCUCGCCCGCAACGAUGUCAACCGUGUGGGCGAUCCAUUCACCGUCCGCGUCGACCGCCUCAUGGUGGUGGAAAAGUUCAGCCACGUGCAGCACCUCGUCUCCCAAGUCUCCGGUGUCCUGCGCCCAGACCAGACCCGAUUCGACGCUUUCCGAUCAAUUUUCCCGGCCGGCACCGUGUCCGGAGCGCCAAAGGUUCGCGCGAUGGAGCUCAUCGCCGAGUUGGAGCAGGAGAAGCGCGGCGUGUAUGCCGGUGCGGUUGGAUAUUUUGGUUACGGAGGAGUGGACGAGAACGGCGAGGAUGUUGAGGGCGCAAUGGACACUUGUAUCGCUCUGCGGACCAUGAUGACGAAGGAUGGUGUGGCGUAUCUCCAAGCUGGUGGCGGCAUUGUAUUCGACUCUGACGAGUACGAGGAGUGGCAGGAAACCAUUAACAAGCUGGGUGCCAACAUGCAGUGCAUCACUUCAGCGGAGGAAAUUUACUAUGACCAGCAACAAUCCGCAAAAAAGGCAUAA